UUCAGGGUCAAUGGGGUCAAGUUGGAGACAGUGUUGUCAGAGAUUUAACUCAUAUAAAAUAGUUUUUAGUUGUCUUUCUACUGCACAGCCUGGGCUACAUUAACUGACUCUAACAGCUGUAUAUUAGCCUUCUCUACAUGUAUGAAGAUCUACACUUUGCAGGCCUCUGUGGAGCUCCAGCCUAUGAGGUAAUGCUGCGUUCAGAUGCCGUAUGAAAUCUUAGUUUUGUCCCAUAUUAUCUGGAUGAUUUAACUGAUGCGUCUUUAUAAUUAAUAGGUCUAAACUGGUGGCGUCAUGUCAUCAUAACAUGCGCAGAAAUCUAGAGGGCGCACUCGACCACAGUGACAGCAAAACUGUACUGUUAGAUCUUCCGAGCAGCACGUGAAGGCGUCUUGAGCGUGCUGCUGAGAACAGGGAGAGGAAAGGAGCGGUGUUGUUGCAACAUCUCUGCCACGUCUGAGGAUCCUCUGCAGCAGCAGCAGGAGGAGCAGGAGGAGCAGGAGGAGCGGGUCUGAGCGCCGGGAUGGGCCGGUGCCGAGCGGAGGUGGGGGGCGAGAGGAGGAGGUGGGAGUGACCGAGGAAACACAGAGGAGAGGAAGGAAGGAGGAAACACGUAGAGCUUCAACACAACACAACACAGCACUCCCUGACUGAGAAAAAGCAGCUUUGAAGGAGCAGACCGCUGCCUCCUGGAGGAUCCUGCCAGCCGGAGCUCUUUUGUUCCGACACUGAGGCCGGUUUCUGAGGGUUUCAGGAGCAGGAGGCGAGGGGGGUCACCCAUGCUAAGCUCAGGGAGAAUGGAGGAAUUCGUAACCGAAGAGGAAGAGCCGUGGUACGACCAGCAGGACCUGGAGCAGGACCUCCACUUGGCGGCGGAGCUGGGAAAGACUCUGCUGGAGAGGAACAAGGAGCUGGAGGACUCUCUGCAGCAGAUGUACAUCACCAAUGAAGAGCAAGUGCAGGAGAUUGAGUACCUGUCGAAGCAGCUGGAGGUUCUUCGGGACAUGAACGAGCAGCACGCCAAAGUGUACGAGCAGCUGGAUGGGACCGCCAGGGACCUGGAGCGCACAAACCACACGCUGGUGACGGACAGCAAGGCCUCGCAGCAGAAGAUAGAGAGGUUAACCGGGACCAUUGAGGCUCUGCAGAACCAGGUGGAGUCUCUGUCAGGGCAGGUGGAGCAGCUCCGCUCCAUGGAGCAGCUCCGAGUCAGGAGGGAGAAGAGGGAGCGACGCAAGACCAUCCACUCCUUCCCUUGCCUGAGGGAGCUUUGCACAGCGCCCAGGUAUGAGGAUGAGUUUGUGGUGGGGAGAGCUGAGAGCUUUACCGUGGAUGCAAAGCGGCAACCAUUUGAAGAAGAGAACCAGCACCUGAGGGAGGCGGUGUCGGCCCUCCGAGCGGCCGUCCGGACCGAGAGGGGGCGUAGAGAGGGCGUGGAGAGAGAGUGCAACGUCCUACUUGCAGAGUUCUCGCGGCUGCAGACACGGGUGCAGGAUGCUGAGGGCUGCCAAGCAAGGGUCCGGGAGUUGGAGGUGGAGCUUCAGGAGCUGCAGCAGCUACGUCGAGCUCGGACUUUCCUGCUGAGUGGCGAGGACGACGGUGUGGCUCUCACCCAGACUGUCCUCAAUAGCACACCGGAGACUGACACCUUCUUGGAAGUGGAGGGCGGGGAGACGGGAGGAGGGGUGAGGGAGGAAACCGAGGGUGGAGGGGGUGUUGGAGGUGAGGCGUUACCCGAGUCCAGCCCUGUGAGGAAAAGCUGCAGUGACACAGCGCUCAAUGCCAUCGUGGCCCGGGACGCCUCCGGCCGCAGGAGAGGCAGCUACGCUCUCCACGCCAACAGCGUGAGGAAGAGAGGGAUGUCCAUCCUCAGGGAGGUGGACGAGCAGUACCACGCCUUACUGGAGAAAUACGAGGAGCUGUUAGGGAAGUGUCGGCGCCACGAGGAGAGUCUGUGCCAUGCCGAGGUCCAGACUUCCCGACCAGUCUCCCGAGACCCAUCCAUGAAGGACUGCGCCAUGGGCCCCACCCCAGUGCCGCCCCCUACCCCGACUGAGUCGCCCUCCACCCCUGAGGCCAUUGAGAGCAUCAGCAAGCAGGUGGAGGCAGUGGAUAAACGGCUGGGACAGAACACACCAGAGUACAAGGCCCUUUUUAAGGAGAUCUUCUCUCGUAUCCAGAAGACCAAGAUGGACAUCAAAGCUACCAAAGCUGCUAAAACUAGCAAAUCUGGCAAAUCAGGCAAAUCUAGUAAACACUAAUAGUACACUGAUUGGUUUAGUGCUUGAGUUUGUGAACAGAGGUUUGGUGUAAACAUUCUUACAGAGGGUGUUCUUAAGUGCUAGAGUUGAAGGCAACUGGACUUCUUUUAGGUUUGUUGAAGACGUUUCACCUCUCAUCCAAAAGGUUUCCUCAGUUCUAGAGGCCGGUUGCGUUGUCUCAGAUAUUUGUCCUGAGGGUCGUUAACCCACCAUGCCAUCAUGUGAGUUUGCUAGGACCACGUGGCUCGAGGUGUGAAUGGGGGUUAAAUCACACGGGUAAGGCUCUCAAGACUGUGUUGUGGUUGGCCGAUAGUUGGUGUCAUAGGCCAUCACCUCUGUUUGACGAUGGUCGCUCCGGUUGGACAUAGACCAUCUGUCUUCUCUUUCCAAAAUGUGGAUAUUAGUAUCCUUGAAAGAGUGUCCCUUCUCCUUUAGAUGCAGAUGGACGAGGUGGUCCAUCUGCAUCCAUCCAUCUGCAAGAGAUUAAAUCCCCAACCACUCUCUAGAAAUGAAGAAGCCUUUCGGAGUGAGCAGAGAAAUGUCUUCAAGAAACCUAAAAGAAGUCAGGUUGCCUUUGACGCUAGCACUUAAGACUACCAUGACCUGGUUGACUGAGAACCUACAGAGACAUACAGAGGGUGCUAUUUAAAAAAAACUGCUAAAUUCAAGUACAGUUCAGUCUGAGGUCAAAUGAGACUGCAUGGUUUUAAUCCAGAGCUGAAACCUUCUAGCAGAUUCUGAUGUGCAUGUGAUCAAUUUUAAAACUUCGCAGAAUUCAGUCGUAUAUAGAACAUGAACGUUUGAGAUCACCCUCGUCAUAGUCUUUUAUUCCAGUGUUCCCACUUAAUAUAUAUACUGGCUUCACUGCCUUAUUACCUUGGGCAUAUACCACAGUAACACAAUAACAGCAAUAUGCCUCUCAUGAGCCUCACAAGUGCACUCAACAGUAAAGCUACACUAGAAAAAUUAACACGAACUUUAUCUGUUAAUUUUAUUGUAUUGGACUCUACUAACAUUUUUUUAUUAUGACACUAAGAAAGACAAAGAUUGAUCCUCUCAGGCCACCGUGCUGUUUGUCUCAAGAAAUGAACUUGAGGUGCUAAUAAUUCUUCUCUUAUUACAUAUAUAACUUUACAGAUUAACACUGUUCAAAACUGAAAGCCUUUUAGUCUGAUUGACGUUGCUACUAUCGUGCACCAUUCUCUCUGUGUGCGAUUUCGCCUACAGCUUUUUGUCAAUGUUUUGCUGCCUUGCCCCUUUUGUCUAGAGAUUUUCAGGAAUAGAUUUAUUUACUUUCUCUCUGGGAGUGAUUAUCCUAGCUUAGCAGAAAGACUGGAAACAGGGGGAAACAGCUAGCUUGUUUUAGCUUGACUGUUUCCUGGCUAGUAACAAGUAGGAUUUUAUUACCUUUGGACAGAGCCAGGCUAGCUGUUUCCCCCUGUUUCUAUUCCUUGGGUUAAGCUACGCUACGCUAAGCUAACCUAGCUAGCUAACCUAGUAGCUUCUUGUUUAGCAUACAGACGUAAGAGUGCCGGUUAGGAAGCAAAUAAAUGUAUUUCUCAAAAUGUUGUUGAUUACUUUAUCACUUAUGCUUAUUCUCUUUUCAUUCAAAGUGCUCGUCAUUGGAGAUCAAAUGAAAAAGGGAUGUUAACUGUGAAACUUGAGGAAAGGAGCCCAGACUGGAAAUUUAAUUAACAUUUAGAGAUGAAAUACCUUCUUCCCCUACUGUGUUAAAGUCACUUUUCAUUGGGCUACAACAAAAUAUAAACCUGCCUGGUAAAAUACCAGAAGCAUUGCUAUUUAUUUAUAAUACUACAGUAUGUGAUACAAGCUUAUUUUAGUCUUAGAUUAUCAGUUUCGGACCUGUUGAGGUUUGAAUGUGUAGGGGUGAUGCUUCUUAUCCUAAAAAGUUGCAGAGGACAAUCUCUGCAGAUUGUUGUUUUCACUAUUUUCUGGGCAUUAUUGACACUCAUCAUAGAGUAUAUAAAUACCCUGAAGACUGUGAAGUAAACAGGCCCGUUGAUUAAGUUUUGCACAUAAGCAUUUCUGUUUACCGUUGUAAGAAGGACAGCAUGAACAUUUGUUAAAACAGGGAUGUGGAUCCUUUUUAAAGAAUAUUCUUUGGAGCUUUUGUAUUUGAGUGUUACUACUUUCCUUUAAUUACAGCCACACAGACACACUGUGCUGUAUAGUAGAACUGUAACCAGUGUAAGGCUUCAAACCAGGGCUUUGUCUAACACCUCGCAGUCUUACCAAACUAUAAAACUAACCUGCAAAUAUAUUGCACCUUUUUUCACAGUAUACAAUACCUAUGCCUUUUUCUGGGUAACCUCCUAUGUAUAAACCUUUGUUAUAAUGAAUGUUAUUACAGCUAAUAUUUUAUAUCUGAUACUUCUGUAGAAAUGUACGACAUGAAGCUUGAAACCUGAGGUGUGUGUUUUGAGGCUGAAAAGUAUGAGGGGGGAUGGAUGUGUUUCUGAAACCUGGUACUGAUGAUGUAAAGGUUCAUUUACAGCUGCAGCAAUUUGAUUCUUCUGGAUAACUGUGGUGCAUUCAAGGUCAGUGCUCAUGACUGUUUAGAGUUUAAGAAGGAGGAGUAUGUGUUACCGUAGACAAACCACAUGCCAAACCGGAGCCUGGUACAAAGGCUCAUGAGGUUUCUGUGCUGUAAUGUCUUAACCUAUUGCACUUGAAAAUGUUUGACGCCUCAUCUCUUGCAUAGUUAGAGUAGCUGAUAUGAAAUUGUACCUGUGUAUUUAUUUGUGUGUGAAUGUUUUUUUUUUUUUUUUUACUUUUUCAGUGCCUAUAUGUGAAUGUCACUAACAUAUUGUCAAAAUAAAACAAAUUUAAUUUGCUUUA